AUGAGCGCUCAGGGCAGCAGCAGCAGCAAGGGGAGUGGCCAACAUGUGGACACCCCGCCCCAGCGCCAGACCCCCAAGCUGCAGGUGCAACGCUCUCACUCGCGGGACACCAUCACCAUCCACUUCUCUGCGCUGGGGAAGGAGGAGGACGACGAAGACGACGAGCUGUUCCUUUCUAAAACGCCAGUGCAGGAGGAACUACUGUUUGAGCCAUUAGCAGAACAACCAUCUUUAUCCUCUUCCGUCGCCAUGACUAUUACUUCACACCAGCCUCACCCAACCCCCACCGUCACCAACACCAGCUCGUCAUGGCCUUCUGAAAGACCCCUGGCCAGCGCUCCCACAAGUUCCUACACAUCAUCUCCUUGUAAAACCGCACCACUGUCCUCAUCCAAACCUUUCCUGAGCUUGGUCCGGUCCUUGUCCAAUGACAUGGAGUCUCGAGAACAACCACCUGUGCCCACGACAGUCGCGCCGACCCAUGUUCGCCAUCGCCACUUGAUGAAAUCUUUUGUUAAAUCGCUGAGCACAGAUGCCUCAAAGGACCCUGAAAGCUCGCAUCCUUACCAACACAUCCCCUCCUCACGGCCGCCACCCCGCAACAUGCAACUUUUCAAACAGUUCUCCCAACCACGCUUAUCCACCUCGCCUGUCGUGGUACACCAAACCGGGGGCGACUCCAAGACGGCUCCUUCUUCGCCCAUCAUGUCCCCAGACGGAAGGUCAUUUUUCAAGGUGCAGGAGGUGGAAGCCAAAAUCGAAGACACCAAACGCAGGCUGUCGGAGGUUAUGUCGGACCCCAUGCAGCUUUUCAGUAAGAUCAUAGGAGAUGAGAGCGGCGGGACAGGUGGGGCCUGUGGGGGAUCGGGUCAUCGUGGAAAAUCUCUCUCGUCCAGCGCGUCUGAACUCAGCGGGGCGGGAGCGGUGAACGGUCACUCCGAAGCAAACAGCAGCUACAGCAUUAAAGAGGAGAGUGCUGAGGCCGAGGAGGAGGAUGAAGAAAUCCCCAUCGGGAAAGCACCCGAUUCAGUAUUUUUCUCGUUUCCGUCCCUACCCUCCCUUCCGCUGUCCAAAUCGCCCUCCUUGACUCUCGGUCGCUGCUCUAUGUCGGCGCUGGUGGCCCGACAGGAAGAUGAAGACUUUUGUGAGCUCUACAGCGAGGACUUUGACAUAUCGCCUCAGAUCUCGUCUUCCGGGAUGCGGAGAGGUCGACAGAGGGGAGGAAACUGGAAUGUGGCUCAACUGGAAAUAAAGGAACCUGGAAUAUUCAAGGGCUGGAUGAACGAGAUCAUGAACUACGAUCCGGAGAUGUACCACGCCACUCUCACCCACUCAGUGUUUGUGCGUCUGGAGGGCUCCGUGCUGCGCCUGUCCAAACCCAACCGCAACAUCUCCCGCCGCGCCACCCACAACGAGCCCAAACCAGACGUCACCUACAUCAGCCAGAAGAUUUACGACCUCACCCACAGCAAGAUCUACCUAAUGCCCCAGAGUCUGGCGAGGAAGCGAGUGUGGAAUAAAAAAUAUCCCAUCUGCAUCGAAUUGGCCAAACAGGAUGACUUCCUGUCCAAGACCCAGGGCGAGAAGCUGGACCCUGCCGAGGACAGAACGGUUCCUCUCAGUGAGAAGCUCGACAAAUGUGAGAAAGAGAAAGUGGAAGGCGCGACAGAGGAGCCCAAACGACCGGCUUCAGGAGGAGGGGAUCUGACCAUCUAUCUGUUUGGACGAACCGGGCGCGAAAAGGAGGAAUGGUUUCGGCGAUUUCUGGUGGCGUCACGAGCAAAGUCGGAAACUCGUCUGCCUGCUGUCAGUAAGAGUGCCUUCCUGCCAGCCCUCAGCCGCAGCAGCAGUCCCCAGGCGUUCGUGGGCCUGGAUGCAGAGAGCCGGAGCACCAGUCAGGGAAGUCUGGAAGAGGUGUCUCAGGCUCCAGGGAGAAGCAAAGACCUGCCCCCCGCCGCCACACUGCCCUGUCCCCCAAAACAGAAGCUGCUCCUGGAUUACAACGUCUACAUGUCCAAAUAUGUAACUGCACAAGCUCUACCCAGGAGUCCGCCUGGACGAGACAGUGCAGGGAGCAGCCCUGAUGGCAGCCCCAAAGCAGCAAGAAAGGAACAGGGGAGUGCAGAAGGCCCUGCAGAACCGGAGGGUUGGGUCAAUGCUUUUCUGGGGAGGAUCUUCUGGGACUUUCUUGGUGAGAAGUAUUGGGCCGAUGUCGUCUCCAAAAAGAUUCAGAUGAAGCUCAGUAAGAUCAGACUUCCUUAUGUAAUGAAUGAACUGACUCUGACUGAGCUGGACAUGGGCUGCUCCAUUCCAAAGAUCCUGCAGGCCUCCAAUCCCACUGUGGACCACCAAGGUCUGUGGUUCGAUUUGGAGAUCACAUAUGGCGGCUCCUUCCUCAUGACGUUAGAAACCAAGAUGAACUUAGCUCGCCUGGGAAAGGAGGGAGAGGGGCUGGGAGAGCAAGGCAAAGAAGGGUCCAGGCCCAGAACUUACUGUUUAGCCGACAGUGACGAGGAAUCUUCAAGUGCUGGGUCUUCAGAUGAGGAGGAGCCACCAGAACUGCUUAGCGACAAAGCUGUUAUACCUGGAGCUGAAGGCUACGUGGGAGGGCACCGUCCAAGUAAGAUCAUGCGCUUUGUGGACAAAAUUGCCAAGUCCAAAUACUUCCAGAAAGCAACAGAAACAGAAUUCAUCAAGAAGAAGAUGGAGGAGGUGUCCAAUACGCCUCUGCUGCUGACUGUGGAGGUGCAGGAGUGCAAAGGGACCUUGGCUGUCAACAUCCCGCCCCCUCCUACAGACAGAAUAUGGUAUGGUUUCCGGACUCCACCUCAUCUGGAGCUCAAAGCCCGACCAAAACUGGGCGAAAGAGAGGUCACUUUAGGACAUGUAACAGACUGGAUUGAGAAGAAGCUAAAUCAGGAGUUUCAGAAAAUCUUUGUGAUGCCAAACAUGGACGAUGUGUGGCUCCCAUUAAUGCAUUCUGCGAUGGACACGCGUUCAAAUGUCAACCUGGUGACUGUGACAAACGAGGCCUUGAAGGACCCAGAAGUCUCUGAAUCUGAGGUCUCCGACAUAUGUAAGCAAGAGGACUUGUAG